AUGGUUCGACCAACAUUGGGCUUCGCCGGCUUGGCGCUCACGGCAAGCUCAGUCCGGGCAGCCUACAACAUAGUCGACAACUUCGACGCGAGCAACUUCUUUACCGAGUUCGACUUCUUCACGGCGCCAGAUCCCACGCACGGCUUCGUCCAGUACGUCGACGCGGCCACGGCAAGCCGCGACGGCCUCGCAGGCUACGCCGACGGCGGCGUCUACCUCGGCGUGGACUACACCAACACCACCACAACCGGCCGCCCCUCGGUCCGGGUCACGUCCAAGAAGGCCUACACCAAGGGCCUGUUCAUCGCCGACAUCGCGCACAUGCCCGCGGGCGCGGCCGGGUCGAGCUCGUGCGGCCUCUGGCCGGCCUUCUGGAUGUUCGGGCCAAACUGGCCUAACUCGGGGGAGAUCGACAUCAUCGAGGGCGUCAACAGCCAGCGGUCCAACGCGGUGACGCUGCACACGGGGCCCGGGUGCUCCGUUUCCAACGCGGGCUCGCUCGCGAGCACCAAGCUCGUCUCCACCGACUGCCAGGGCACGGCGGGCUGCUCGCAGAGCACGCGCGCCGCCGACAACUACGGCCCGGGCUUCAACGCGGCCGGCGGCGGCCUCUACGCCCUCGAGUGGACCGACGCCGCCAUCAAAGUCUGGUUCUUCCCGCGCGGCACCCCCCUCGCCACCCAGCUCGCCUCCCCCCAACCAAACAACAACAACAACACCUCCACCUCCCAACCCCCCGACCCCACCACCUUCGGCACCCCCCUCGCCCUCUUCACCGGCUCCAGCUCAGGCGGCUGCCCCCUCUCACAACACUUCGCGGACCACAGCCUCGUCUUCGACACCACGUUCUGCGGCGACUGGGCGGGGCGUGUGUGGGAUGCUGACCGUGCGUGUGCCGCGCUGGCUCCGACGUGUGAGGCGUUUGUGGGCGGGAAUCCGGAGGUGUUUGCGGAUGCGUAUUGGUUGGUGAGGGGGGUGAGGGUGUUUCAGGAGGGGGGCGAGGGGAAUGGGGGGAGUGGUGUGGGUGUUGGGGUCGGUGUCGGUGGUGGCGCUGGUGUGGGUGUGGGUGUUGGUGUUGGUGCUGGUGCUGGUGCUGGUGCUGGUGCUGGUGCUGGUGCUGGUGCUGGUGCUGGUAAUGGGCAGAGACGUCGGGUUGGGAGGAGGGGCGGUAUGAGAGCGAGGAAGUGGUGGGCUUGA